GGUGUCCAUUUUAAAGCAAAGCUGCUUUUAUUUCAUCUAAUCUCAUUUGUGCAACCUCAGAUCCGAUCUGUCAGUCUGUUUACGGGUAUCUUAACCAGUAAGAUUAGGACAAAUAACAUCCAGGCUUUUUUAUUUUGAUAUUCUUUUGCCUUUUGCACCAGUUCUCCAGCCUGCAGGGCAAGCAUUUUGGUCCGAAAGUUGGGGUUAAUUGAAAGAAAAGGCAAAAAAGAAAAAGACGCUGUAGAGAGCAAGAGCCAAAAUCCUGCACUCGUCCACUCCUCUACUUCAGCACUAAUGGCAGCUGUAGCACUUCCUGUUCCUACAAUUCCCAUGAUUCUUAGCGUGUUGCCUCCUCCAAAGAAGUUCCUCCACACUUCAGCUACCGGGAGCAGAAAGAGCUGCUGAAUAGUGUUCAACGUAUACACACCAACAAGCACCUCUCAGUGCUGCCCAAUCAGAGUGGCUGGGAGCUCGGCAUGAGAAUUCGCUUUGGUGCAUCCUAAUCAGCAGCAGUACUCGUUAGCAUCAAGUAAUCAAUCGUGGGCGAAAACCGACGCCUAAUCUUUGCCUUCCGUUACUCAGCAGUCAUUAGAAUGCACUUUGGACACUGACGCAGCAACAGUCUUUAAUAGCAGCAUGAGUAUGGCUACAGGAGCUAGCCAGCACAGUCACUACGCAAUCAACAAAGCCAGUGUUAAUCACUCCUCAAGUAUGGUUUCCAGUCAGGGUGGCCCCAACAGGGGUUGGGCCUCUGAGGGCAAAACUGACUUGCCCAUGGGUAGCAGAGGCCAGCCCAACUGGGGCCCUUCUAAUGUAAACUUGAACCCUAGUGCCAACCCUUCGGCAUGGCCUGUACUUGGACAUGAAGCCCCAGGGAUGGGGUCUAGGCCUGGUAAUAUGGGUGGCCCAGGAGGUGUCGCACCAAUUCAAGGCACCAAUGGAAAUGGCAGCCUUGUAGGAGAUUGUGCCUGGGGAAACCCAGACACCCCUGAGCAGCACCAGUCCCCAACAAGCUUAUCUUUUGGCAUUGAGCCGCCUAACUCUAAAACUGAUGGACUAAACACUAAAGUGGAGCCAAUGAGCCCGGUGAAUAGUUGGGGAAGAACCAUGAGUCAGUCUCCAACUGAGCAAGCCUCUGGAGAUGGCACUUCUCAAUGGGGAGAACCCAAAAAUGCAGAGUCUAAGGAAUCUGGCUGGGAUUCUGGUGGUAGCAUCUCUGGUUGGGGACAAGGUGGAAAUGAUACCAGAUGGAGUAACUGGAGCAAGCAGCCGAGCACUGAAGGUACAGGGUGGGAUGCUGAUGGUCCCACUCAGGAAUCAAUGAAUACAUGGGGCGCCAAUGCUCCGGGCAGCGAAGGUAGCAAGGAUGGCAGCGAAGGACACUCAGAAACGAGACAAAGGUCCUCCAGUAUGGAAGCCCCACUUCUUCCAAGGCAGGACCUUGACCCUCGUGUGCUCUGCAACUCGGGUUGGGGUCAAACCCCGGUCCGUCAGCACACAGUUUGGGAAAUGGAUGAAAAUCUUGCCUCCAAAGAUGGGGGUGGGACAGAGACUUGGGGUAACACGCCUUCUACAGGAUCAUCACCUCCUCAGGCAGGAUGUGCCAAUCCCAACCUAAAUGCUCCACCCAGGAUGGAAUCUGCAAAUAAGAAUGAGGGGCUUUCUCGAGCAACCACACGUUGGGAGAAACCAGCUUCACCAACAGGUUGGGGAGAGCCACCUGCUAAUAAAAAGAUGUCUAAUGGUAGUUGGGGUGAACCUGAAGGCCCGAAACCUAAGGAUUCGAGUGGGGGAUCUUGGGGAUCUGAUGAGAAGUCUCCCAGCUGGAACGAUGGUUCAAAGUCAGCUUCUGGAGAUGGACCCAAUGCUUCCUCAGGCUGGGGAAGCUGGGGAGAGCCUUCAGAUGGAAAGAUGAAUGGCUCUCCUACUUCAUCUUGGGAUGGAGAUGGAGGUAGCUGGAAGGAGCCCCAGAAAAGCUGGAGCAAAGCACCUCCUGCAGGAGGAGGAAACUGGCGAGACUCCCAACGCUCAAAUGACACCACUGGCAAACCUCAAGAAUCCAGCGGGGUUGUAAACAUGGGGUCGUGGGGUGGGCCAAAUACAGUCAAGCAAAGUGGCUCGAGCUGGAAGUCUACAGCAAGGCAUGAAGCAGGAGAGGAAACCACUGGUUGGGAGGAACCUUCUCCUUCUUCCAUUCGCCGCAAAAUGGAGAUUGAUGAUGGAACCUCUACCUGGGGGGAUCCUAGCUCCUAUCGGACGAGUGUAAACAUGUGGGACAGGAAUACCCCAUCCUCACAGGGCAGCCACGGUAACGGCAACAGUGGCAACAACGUCAGCAACCACACAGGGCCAAACAACAACAAUCAUCAACAGGCUCACUCCAACAAGGGUCAGAACCACUCAGACGGUAGCAACAAUGGCAACCAGCUAGGACCCCCUCACAACAGGAUGCCCAUGAUAAACCCUGGCUGGGGGGAUCUGCCCAACGUCCAGUCCAAGUCAGAUUGUCCCACCUGGGUGGAACCAGACUCUUCCAGCACCACAGUGGAUAAUGGAACUGCUACCUGGGGCAAAUCACCCAAACUCAACAAAGUCUGGGGAGAGAAUGGACAUGAAUCUACUGGAUCCUACAGUAGAGGCUCGGGACCCUCCAAACCUGCUCCCAAAUCUAUGCAAGAAGGCUGGGGGUCAGGCGGAGACGAGAUGGGUGUCAGCAGCAGCCAGUGGGAUGCUGAGGAUGGGGACAUGUGGACAAGUCCCACUUCUCAGGACAGUGCUUCCUCUUCUUGGAAUCAGUCCAAGAAAGGAAUACAGAAGGUGAAGAUCUCCAAUAAACAGGAUGAUGUUUGGAUCAUGAACCGUCUGAUCAAACAGCUCACAGAUAUGGGCUUUCCUAGGGAUCCAGCAGAGGAGGCAUUGAGAAGUAACAAUAUGAACCUGGACCAGGCUAUGAGUGCACUUCUGGAAAAGAAGGGUGAUGGAGAAAAGCGAGGGAUGAGGACGCUGAUGUGUCGCCCACCAAACCUCUCUAAGGACUCUUUGGACCGAGCUCCCUUUAUGGACAAGGAUGGUGGAUUAUCAGAUGACCCACCUGCAUCACCAUUUAUUCAUUCUCCUGGCCUCAAACUGACCAAUGGCAGCCUUCCCAGCCACGGAGUGGGCGGAGUCUCGCCUGGACAUAACAUGCAAAACUUAAACAACAGACAGAUGAAUGGAAUGUUUGGCAGUAAUGGAGCAGCACAGUCUCGGGCUCCGCCCCCUCAACCUCUAAGCUCCGCCCAUCAUUCUUCACUACGAGCUCAAGUGCCUCAGUUUCUCUCCCCUCAGGUUCAAGCACAGCUCUUACAGUUUGCAGCAAAAAACAUUGGACUGAAUCCUGCACUUUUAACCUCACCGAUAAACCCUCAACACAUGACCCUGCUCUACCAACUCCAGCAGCUACAAAUGGCGUACCAGCGUUUGCAGAUUCAGCAGCAGAUGAUGCAGGCUCAGCGAAAUGUUUCUGGUCCCAUCAGACAGCAGGAGCAGCAAGUUGCACGUACAAUCUCCAACAUGCAGCAGCAGAUUCAGCAGCACCAGAGGCAGUUAGCUCAGGCUUUACUGAUAAAGCAGCAGCAGCAGCAGGCCUCGUCUGCCCACUCUUACCCCAGCCUCGGCAAGCCUAACCUGGACACCUUCCCUGGAAACACUCACGCUUCUCCAGGCCUUUCCAUCUCUGACCUGCACACCAAAGAGCAGCACAAUUCUUCUGGUUCCUUCAGCUCCUAUCCUCUGUCUGGUCUGAAUGGCAAUGUUGGUGUAGGCUGUAUUGAGACUCUGAAGGAUGCUCUGCCCCAACCCCAGUCCCGUUUGUCCCAGUGGACCCACACCAGCACCAUGGAACCCAUCAGCACCUCCACCAGUCCAAGUACUCCGUCCUCCACCCACGCUGCCAACGUUAAACCAGUGAUGGACUCCUUCGGUCCUUAUAACCUGAUCUCCAACUCUCAAUCUCCCAGCAGCCCCUUGGGGGCGCCAGAGAACUGGACUCCAGGCAAAAAUACAGACAAAAUGGCAAAUGGGACGAACAUCAACUGGCCUCCAGAGUUUUGUCCAGGAGUUCCAUGGAAAGGUUUGCAGAAUAUCGACCCUGAGUCCGACCCAAACGUGACCCCAGGAAGUGUUUCUGGAGGCCCCACAAUCAAUACCAACAUUCAGGAUGUUAAUCGCUACCUGCUGCGGGACAGAAACGGAGGUAAGCUGAUGGACCUGAAGUCCACCUGGUCUGCAGCUCCUGCCCCACACACUCAGUCCUCAUUGUCCAGUGAGAUGUGGAAGGUUCCUCCGGGUGGGCGGAGCUCUACGGGGAUGCCACGUCCUCCACCGGGCCUCACCAAUAACAAACACAACAACAACUGGACACCAGGAGUGCUGAGCCACAGCUGGAGCCGGGAAUACUCCUCAGAGGGUGCUGGUUGGAGUUCAGAAAGCUCCAGUAGGACCAGCAGCUGGCUCGUGCUUAGGAAUCUGACUCCUCAGAUUGACGGUUCCACCCUCAGGACUUUGUGCAUGCAGCAUGGUCCUCUCAUCACGUUCCACCUGAGUCUGGCACAGGGGAACGCUCUGGUGCGCUACAGCUCAAAAGAGGAAGCAGCUAAAGCUCAGAAAUCUCUGCACAUGUGCGUUCUGGGUAACACCACCAUUCUAGCAGAGUUUGCCGGAGAAGAGGAAGUGACACGCUUUUUCUCUCAGGCUCAGUCUUUCCCUCCCUCCAGUGGCUCCACACACCCCUCCCUGGGUCAGUGGGGCACAGCGGGCGCUAAAGGAAGCGGAAACCCUUCUGGAGGAGGAACCAACGGUGCUGGGCCGGAGAUGCUGUGGGGUGGAGUUCAGCAACCCUACUCCAGUCUGUGGGGGCCAAUCAAUGUGAACGGAGAGGAGACAAGGGUGAUGGGGAGCCCCGUCCCAAUUAAUACCCUGCUGCCGGGGGACCUGCUGAGCGGAGAAAACAUGUAGAAAACAACACGUGGGUAAAAAAAAAAAACAACAACAAAGAAAUAAUCAGCAAAUCAGUGUGAGGAUAAUCACUUUACAUGGAGAUGUUUUUAACAGAAAAAAGCAAAAAAAAAAAACUUCCCAAAAAAAAGACAUUAAAGUAGAAGUAGAUUUUACAACUGGAUAAAUGUUUUAGAGACUUUAGAGGAAGUGAAGAUUGAGGAAAAACGGACACCUUGGAUGUUUUGUAUCAUUUCUUUUUUUCUCUUUUGAAGCAAAGAAAGUCAGGCGGCCACUAUUAACCAAGAGCAAACCUCAUGCCGUCCUGACUCUCCUGAUUUGAACCUCUCUACCUUUUCUUGAAUUCUUCAAAACUUUUUAACCUUAAGUGCUCUCGUUUUCAUUCAUAUUUCUAAAAAAAAAAACGACUAAAGAAGGUUGCACACUUCUGUUUCUGAGCCAGCGAUUUGGAACAGAGCAAGAACAAGACCAAGACCAAUCAGCUGCAUUUUAUUCCAGUAUUUACAAAGAACUGAGAUACACUGACUCGUUUUUGAUAUAUUUGAUCAAAAAUAAUCAAAACGUGAAUGCAGGAACUUGACCAAGCGUCUGUUACAAGCCACUGUAAAAAAAAAAAAUCCUCAUCGGGAAUAUUUCCAACCCGACCGGAUGGAUUUCAAUGCCGAAUCAUUUAAAAUGUAUUUUUGGAUCCUGUGUUGGACGAAAAAAAAAAUUCUCGUCCUUGUGUUGCUUUGUGCAAUAUAAGCAUUGGCUGCUUAUUCUUCCGUCCUCACUGAUGCUCUUUUUUCCCUUUACUCUUGUUUUCGUGUUGAAUCUGUUUUGUUACGUCUGUGUUAGCUACAAAGACAAAGUAACUUGUGGACUUCUUUACCUCCCGGGUCUCUGAUUUACUGGACUCGGCAUGAUUUCAGGCACAACACCAAAUUAUCCUAAUGCAGUAUGAAAAGUUUUGAGGGGGGUUAAUGAAGCACUUAUGGACGCUCAAAAUGCAAUGCCAAUAGAGUGACUGUUUAAAACUUAAAAAAAAAAAAAAAGCUGAAGAAAAAAGUUUUGAUAUUUAAAAUUCUCUUUUGUUUUUGUGUCCUUCAAAGGACUUAAAUGCAUUUUUAAAAAGACUAAAUCUACAAUCAGACUGAAGAU